AUGAAAAAGUUACAGCAGCAGAGAGCCUUAGCAGCUGCGAAUAGAGAAAUGAACCCUCAGGAUAUGAUCAAUAGGAGACUGGCAAACUUCCACAUACUAGCAACCACAGCCGCCGACCCGAAUCUAGAACAACUCAUAGCACCCCAGCCGUUACCACUAUUUCCCACACAACCAAUGGAAAUUGAAGCCAACCCAGAAAACCAAAUCCCAAUGCCUGCUUUUGACCCAGCUGAGAUUCCUAGAGUACCAGCACCCCAUCCCCCAGACUAUGACCUAUGGUUUAACGACCAUAGGGAUUAUGAACAACGCUACCCAAUACCAGACGAACCCAUGCAAGACCUAGUAGGACCCUACCCAGACCUGGACCCUCUAGACCCCUAUUAUGAUAAUGAUCAAUACAUCAGGGAAAUUCUAGAGAACCCGUACCCUUACGAAGAACCAAUGCCCCAGUUCCCAGACCCAGUACCAGCCCCUGCACCACCCAUGAGCACUAAGAAUGUGCAAGAACUCCGAACCUUUGGUGAGGAGAUUUUAGAAGGAAGUCAAAGGAUGAGGCAGAUAGUUGAAAGGCUAGUGUGGAAAUAUGACGAGCGUAACAUGGAAUUUUGGAUGAACCCGUACCAUUGA